AACUGAGAAUAAUAUUUAAUAUUUUAAUCAAAAUUAACAAUGAGUGAUAAACAAAUAAAACAUUUGAUUGGAAAACAAGCUAUAAUUAAACGAAAGCUUAUUAGCUUUAGUAAUUUUUUGAAAUCGCUUACACACAGUAAAUUAACUAAUGAUUUACAAACACAGAUCGAACUUCAAUUGCGUUUAGAUAAAAUUGAAGGUUUAUACGAUGAUUUCGAUGCUUUACAGAGUGAGCUGGACGAGUGUUCGGAUAUGCUUGAGGACGAGGCUCAGGGACGCGAGGCCUUCGAUUGCCAGUACUACUCUCUCGUGUCUGCCGGUCGUGCCUUGAUCCAGACUCUUUCACUUCCUUCGCGGGACACUUCGGUUCCGGUUUGCUCUUAUGCACAUUCACACAAGCGUAAGAAAACAAAGUGGAUGCAAUCGCAGGAGACGUUGAAGGAGGGUGCCUUGGUUGUGAUAAAGGACAAGUCCAGUCAACCAAUCAUGUGGUUGCUGGGGCGAAUUCUUCGAGUGCUUCCGGGUGAAGAUGGAGUUGCAAGGGUGGCAGACAUUCGCACCAGGAAGGGCGUAAUCAGACGGGCCUUCAAUAUGAUAUGUCCCCUGCCGACUGUAAAUAUUGAAGAAGACUCUUCAACGCGGGGAGUAUGUUUGAGUACGCGCGCGCCUGAUGAUCGCGUGGGGCGCGCGACGCAAGGGGCGGGGAGUGCCGGCGACGAUGCGAGCGCAGCGCCGACGAAUUAAAUUGUCAUUCACGACGCCGAGCCGUCAACAUUAAUAUUUUCUUUUUCCGCGACGCCAAGCGUCCAUAGUUUUAUAUAUUUUUAUAAUUUAAACUAAAAUAUAC